GACAUCAAGUACCCGCUCGAUGUGACGGUCACGUCGGACGGGCACGUGGUGGUCACCGAUGGCGGGGACCGCUCCGUGAAGGCCUUUGAUUUUGAGGGACGGGGGGUCCUGGCUGUCCGGGAAGGUUUCUGUUUGCCCUGGGGCUUGGAUGCCACCCCCGAGAGUGAAGUAAUCCUCACCGACUCGGAGGCAGGUGCUCUCUACCGUUUGACGGCCGACUUCAAGAAGGGGAAAUUAAAGAAGUGUCAGAUGCUCCGGUCUCAGCUCAUCAGCCCAAGAGGGAUUGCCGUCUCCCAGACCUCGGGCGCUAUCGUGGUAAUAGAGCACCUGAAAGCUCAAGGACCGCACAACGGCAGCACCCGAGUCAAGAUAUUCAGUGCAGAGAUGGAUCUCGUCGGCCAGAUGGAUAGCUUCGGCCUGAACCUCGUUUUCCCCUCCAAAAUAUAUACUACGGCUGUGGCCUUCGACAAAGAGGGCCGCGUUAUAGUGACGGAUGUCUGUAGCCAGGCCGUAAUAUGCUUAGGGAAACCUGAGGAGUUUCCCGUCUUUAACCCUCUAAUUAGCCAUGGGCUUGCUUAUCCUGUAGGACUGACUUACACGACAAACAAUUCCCUCGUCGUUUUAGACAGCGGUGAUCAUUCAGUAAAAAUAUAUAGCUCCACCUGA